GUGUGUUUACAGUGUGGUGGUGGUGUUAGCAAUGCACUAUAUAAAGGCAUGAGGGAGCAUAACUCAGACAAGUGAAAACACUGAAGUGAAAAGACAUGCAGCUGUGGUUGUAUUGCACUCUGUUGGUGUUUGCGGCAGGAGGCUGCUUGGCACAGAGACCUCGUCCUUGCAGAAGUCCUCCUCUACUUGAAGGAAGCUUUAGCGUGGUAACUCAAAAUGGAGGUUACAGCGCAUAUGGGAAGUUCGCCUACGACGCGUUUUUCCAGCGCAUCCGCCUUGGAGAACUUAUUAAUACCAAUAAUAAAACACUCAUUAAGGAUGUUCUGCUGCUCUUUCAAGAGCAUGUGAUGUACCUGAUCGACCACAAAAACAAGACGUGCCAAAAGCAGAAGCUGACGUCCCAGUUCCAUCCGAUGAAGAUCCCUUGCAACUCUACUUUUCUUGGGCAGGUGGUGAUAGGGAGUCUCUCUGCACCUGGAGAAGGUCUGCUUGUUAACACCUGGACUAAAGAGACACCCGAGAACCAAGGCCAGUACGUCCUGACGUUUACAGAGUUUGGCUGCCUUCCUGUCACUGUCCUUUUCAACAGUCCUAAGACUGGCUGGGUUGUGACCAAUUAUUUUAACAUCAUUCGUGGGAUCAAGGAUCCAGCCCUGUUCAUUCCUCCACCUUUCUGCAAGAAUGCUUCACUGGAAACAGAAAACGAAGGAAAUUUCUUCAGUGUUUUCUUCUGAGUCGAUACUACUGCUUUAUAUGACCCAUAUGUAACAUCACUGAACAUUAAUCUACUUAAAUAAAGAGUUCAGCAAAUUUAAA